UCUUCUCUCUCUCUCUCUCUCUCUCUCUCUCUCUCUCUCGCUCUGUCUCUGUCUCUGUAGCUUAUUUUACACGCUUCGUGUCAUCGUGUGGGAGGGAACGGAAGAGGGAUAGUGGAUGGUGAUGGCGCCGAAGAGGAAGGAGAGGAGGAGCGCGGCACCGGCACCCACCUUGUCGCCGAGGAAGACUAGGAGCGCCACCGCCGGAAAGCGGGUCGCUCCGCCGCCGGCCCCGGCGAGGUCGCCGGCCAAGAAGAAGGCUAAGCUUGCGGCGGGGAAGCGAAAGAACGAGGUCUCCGACGGAGAGAAGGGAAAGGGCAGUCGUUUGAAGGGAAAGGGAAGGGUCUCUAGCGAUGAAGCACCGGUUGUUCCUCCGCUAUCAGCCACCGCCGAAGCCGAUGGUGGGUCCUCCAAGACCAUCAUCGUCGAGGCCUGCAAGCAAUGCACUUCAUUCAAGACCAGGGCCAACAUGGUGAAGGAAGGUUUGGAAAAAGCUGUUCCUGGUAUUUCUGUUUCAGUUAAUCCUGAGAAGCCACGACGAGGAUGCUUUGAGAUACGCAAGGAAAGCGGUGAAGUUUUUGUCUCAUUACUGAAUAUGCCCCGUCCAUUCACACCGAUGAAAAAGCUUGAUAUGGAGAAAGUUAUUGAGGAUAUCGUUGAGAAGAUUACUUGACUGGAGAUGUCAUCUGUUGCCAGGAAGAUGGACACUCCUUUUAGCAUGCUGGAAGUUUUACCUUUUGUCUGUUAGAUUUGCUACUGUUUUGGUGAUCAAGCGUGUAAAUUGAAGGAACUUGCUUCUGGGGCACAGCUACUUCAGAUUGUUCUUAUUGCAGAAAGAGCUUAGAUUCAAGAUUGGCUUGCGUGAGUAUCAUGUACGCGCUUAAAUUAUUUUCAAAUAUCGAAGUUAGUGUUCUUCAUGAUGGGAUGCUCUGAUCAAAAUCUGUUUUGUAAAGGCAUCAUUUUGGUAU